GUCGUGAAAUUCAUUUAAUGUUAAUUUGUGUUCUUUAUAUCUUUUUCCAAAUCAAAAAUGCGUGUAUUCCACUGGUGCAACACCAUCACGUAAAAAAUUUUAUGUUCAACGAAAUACACGCAUUCUUGAUUUGGAAAAAGAUAUAAAGAACACAAAUUAACAUUAAAUGAAUUUCACGACCGAAGUAUGAAACUGAUUGGUAUUAAAAAAUUCUAAGUUUUCUUUUCUUUUUCUGUAUUACAAAAUAUAAAUUUUUCAUACAUAUCACUUAAUUAGUAUAUAUAUCAAUUAAGAAAAUAGUCGGCAAAACGAGAACCAUAGAUUUCUGUAUUUUUAGAAAAGUCGGCAAAACGAGAAUACACCAUGCGAUCAUUCUUCUUCUUCUUUCUACCGAUGUAAUAUAUAAUCUGUUGGGGACCAUGCGUGUUAUUUUUUCAUUCUUUUUCUUUUCUCUUGCUUUCCCAUUUCAUGUCAAAAAAAAUUACGCACAUAUAACGCAACUUCACAAUGUGUUUUGUCUAUAUUCGCUGUAAAUGGGUAAAACAUCAACCAGAUUUCUUUUUAUUUUACUUUUCUGUAAUAACUUUUCUCAUACAAGAUGUUGGGAUGAUUAUUUGUAUGAAAAUAACUAUGUUUAUAAAUUGACAAAAGAAACUUUUUCUAAAGAAGUUUUUCAAUUGGAUAAAUGUGUUUUAGUGUUUAUUUAUGCUACAUGGAAUGGGCAUUCAAAACAUUUUAUAUUAAAUAAUAUUUAUCAGAAUGUUGCUAAACAUUUUAAUAGUCAACAAAAUCCAUCGAUUUUAAUUUCAGCAAUUAAUUUUAAUGAACUACCAUCUGAAGAGAUUGCUAAUUAUUUUAAUGGAAAUUACUGGAUGAAUUUUAGAUUAUUUAAAAAUGGUGUACCUAAUGAUACUGUAAUGGCAUUUGAUAGAACAGUGAAUAAUUUUAUAAAUUUUGUGACAGAAAGUUGUUUAAAACUAAAUGCUGAUCAGUUAUUAAAUGAUGAUUUGUAG